UGUUGUUGGGAGUCACCUGACCGCUGGCGCCGCAGUCGGGCCGCAGCCUCUGUGGCAGGAGCAGACGAGCCCGUGGGGAGAACGGGACGAAGCGGCGGCGGCGCCGCUGCUGAUCCUCCUCCUCUCCGGCCGGCCGACCGACCGACCGACCGACCGACCGGCGGGUGAGGGUCCCGGCGCGGAGGAGCGGCGGCAGACGCUGAGGACUUUGUCUGAAUUUUUAGAGACGUGUACUCAAGCAUCAAACAGUUCUUUGGCCCUAACAUAAACGUGUGGAGGAUGUCGAGUGCAGGCUUUUACAUGCUGUGGUGGUGCUGUUGAGCAUGAAAGUUAAUCUACCUUCUGCCAGAUUUCUGUGUGUGUGGAUGAGAAAUACAUCACACUAUUAUGAGUUUUAUCCUGGUAAUAUGUUCCUACUCUCAUACUAUCUAUUCCAAGAUUUGAAGAACAGAAGCAUGCUUUCCACUGAGACUCACACUACUAUUUGUGAUACAUAAUGUCUCUAAGUGAGAAGAAUAGUGUGGUUUUUGCAUAUGAAUCUUCAGUGCACAGUACCAACAUACUUCUCAGUCUUGAUGAUCAGAGAAAGCAAGAUAUUCUCUGCGAUGUUACUAUUCUAGUGGAAGACCAGCGAUUUCGGGCUCACAAAGCUGUCCUUGCAGCUUGCAGCAGUUACUUCCUUUCAAGAAUUGUGGGCCAGGUGGAUGCUGAUCUUAUCAUCACUUUACCGGAAGAGGUAACACUUAAAGGAUUUAGUCCUUUGCUUCAGUUUGCAUAUACAGCUAAACUUAUUUUAAAUAAAGACAAUGUGUCUGAAGUUUGCAAAUGUGCUGAGUUUUUGGGUGUACACAACAUUGAAGAGUCUUGCUUUCAGUUUCUCAAAUUCAAAUUUUUGGACUUUAAAUUGGAUCAGCCCGACUGUCCUAGGAAGAAGUGUUGUACACGGCGUUGUCAGAAAACAAACCCUAACAUUGGCAAUGUGGAUGAUGGAGACCUAGAAAUAGAUGAUGAAGUAGAAGAACUUUUAGAAAAGGAAUAUACUCAAACUCCUGACACAAAGCUCUGUAAAGAUGAAGAAAAUGCUAAAUCAACACCUGCUGUCCAGGAUAAUGCCAAUCAAACAUGUGAUCCUGUACACUUAGAAAGGGGUAGUGUUUCCAGCUUAUCUUCCCAAUGCCCAAAGUAUAGGAAAUUCCAGAAAGCUUUUGGAAAUGACAAAGUUCAUACUUCAGAGUCCAGUUCCAGUAUAAAAGACAUUCAGGUGCCACCAAUUGUAACUCUUCUUGAGAAAGAAAUAUCUGAUAAUGAUGGCAUACAAAAAGCUCAGGAGUGUGUACCUAUGCAGCUGGUCUCAAAAUGUGAAGAGACUCAGGUAAAAAUGGAAGAAGAGGAGGAAGGCAUUGAGCAAAAGGAAGAGUCAAUGAGAGAUUCUGUGACUCAGAAUGUGUCGUGUCCUGUGGAGAAAAUGGAUCUUGCUGCUUUCCCCCAAAACUCUGCUGCACCUCAUGGACUCAAUUCUGUGUCUUUUUUACAUACUUGUGAGCAAUACAGUAACUUGAAUUUCAGUAGUAUGCAAAACAACACAGUCUUAGCUGAAAAAACUGUAUCAGGUACUGGAGUUGGGAAUGACAAAAUUGAAAGUCAAGAUGACGCACCUUCAAAGGUUGAUUUGUGCACUAGAGAAGCCACUAACAUUGCAUCAGCUGGUGAUCGAAGCAGUGUGGAGAGAGAGGUAGCAGAACAUCUAGCAAAAGGGUUCUGGAGUGAUAUUUACAGCACAGAAGCCAGUCAAGUGCAUCUACCACCUGCAGUUCCAAAAGAGUGCUUGGAGCCAGUAUAUUCGGGGAAAAAAUCAGAGUGUCCAUGGCUGGGUAUCAGGAUCAGUGAAAGCCCUGAACCUUGCUCUCAACGGACUUUUACAACAUUGAGUUCUGUCAACUGCCCCUUUAUAAGCAAUCUUAGUACUGAAGGAUGCUCCAACAGCUCGGAAAUAAGCAGUGGAGAUUGUGUUCAGGGACAGCAACAAGAACAGUGUCCCUAUAAUUAUGUGAUAAGUUUGGGAGAGGAUUCGGAAACUGACACUGAGGGAGACAGUGAAUCCUGUUCGGCAAGAGAACAAGAAUGUGAGGUAAAACUGCCGUUUAAUGCACAAAGGAUUAUCUCACUUUCCAGAAAUGACUUCCAGUCAUUUCUGAAAAUGCAUAAAUUAACUCCUGAACAAUUGGACUGUAUUCAUGAUAUCCGAAGACGAAGUAAAAACAGAAUUGCAGCACAGCGAUGUCGUAAGAGAAAACUUGACUGCAUACAAAAUCUUGAAUCUGAAAUUGAAAAACUGCAAAAUGAGAAGGAGAACUUGCUGAAGGAAAGAAACCACAUUUUGUCAACUCUGGGUGAGACAAAGCAGAAUCUGACUGGACUUUGCCAACAAGUGUGUAAGGAAGCAGCCUUGAGUCACGAGCAAAUACAAAUACUUGCAAAAUAUUCUUCCUCAGAUUGUCCGCUUUUGUUUUUAUUACCGGAGAGAGAACGAACAGCUCCAUCUGAUAGCGAGCUUGCGAUACCAGCAAGUGUAGAAUUAGCAGAUGGUCUUUCAGGUGUUACAUCUACAAAUGAGCAGAGUUCUUGUUAUCAAUGUGUGAAAAGUGUGUGUGAUGCAACUUACGAUCAAGUACAGGAACUGCAUCCAGGUUCCGUAAGAACAUUAGAGAAAACUUCGCUUAUGGAGCAAUGUGGACAGAGCGGUGGUAUCACAGACUUCUGUCAGCAAAUGACUGACAAAUGCACUACAGAUGAGUGAGUCUACUCUCUUCCUAUUGCCAGCCUCUCAACUUCGCAACUAAAAGUGAGAUUAAGCAUUAUUGUACCUUCCUAAGCGAAAGAAAAGAUGAAACUUUAUCUUUUGAAACUACAUCAACAAUUACACGGUCAUUAUAUUACUUGGCAAGCUUUGGGUUUGCUCUGUGUAGUUCUAGAGUGUAAUUUGUAUGUGUCAGCCUCGGAGCCUUUUCUGUGUGGUGGUGUCAAGGAGGGUUCAGGGAAGUUGUUGGAAAGUACAGACUCUGUGCACAGAUGUUUAUUUGUGAGGAAGCUUUCAUUCAGGUAUAGAGCAGCCUUCACUCUGAUUUGUGCCACAGUACCUAAUGCUGCUCUGCAUCUCAAGAAAAGCCUCCUAACAUGUGUUUAUGCACAACGACUUCUGGAAUUCUUAUCUCUCUAAGAUUUCUUUUUUCCUGGUAGGCAAACCUUGAGAAGCAUAUAUAGCUCUGUAAACGUUUAUUUUGUAGAUGGCUUAGGAUAACAUGACAGUAUGAGGAGAUUCUGGCAAGUGCGCUCUGGAACAGCUCAUUGCUUCCUGCUGUUCCCAUCCCUGUACCAGAGCCAGUUUUUAUUGAAUAUAUGCCUUUGCCUUAGCUCUCCAGAAUGUAGUUAAGACUGGAACAGCAGAGGUGCUGCAGCAUACUGCUCUCUUCUCUAGAUUUUGUGGGAAAAAUAACGUACUGGGAAAGUUUAGAACCGAUGCCAUACUUUGAUUAGUGUGGAUUGGAUCCUCUGGCAUCUGAAUCCCAUAUGCUUGUUAAAAUUCAUUGCUGUAUUAUGACUUGCUGUCCUAGCACCUUCAAGCUCUCUGCUGUUUGUGGUAAGUUUGAGUCAAAGUAUUGUGGAAGUUUAAGGACAGAUUCUUCUUUUUUUUUUUUUUUUAAGGUAUUCAGGCACCAAAUUCUUUGACUUCAGUGCCCAAUUGCCUAAAGUAAUCUACAAAUAUAUUUGUUCUCUGAUCACUGGGACCAGUUAAGAUCUAUUUCAGAAUUUUAGUCUUCAGGAUACUUUUAUGGCUAAACCUGUAGUACACUUCCAAUGGCUUGCGCUACAAGUAUAAACAUAUAGUAAGUAUAAUAAGGAAGUGGGCUGGAGGGAUUUCCUUUAUUUACUUUGCAAAGGAGAAGUUCAGCCACUAAAAAUGAUCCCCAUUUUUUAGAUUUCUACAUGUCAGUAGAUGCAUAUUAUAUACCAAUGAUGCUUUAUUAUUUAGAUAUUAUUCUUACACCAGAACAAAGUAUUGAACCUCACCACAGAAGACUUUGGUUUUGCUGGUUUACAAAACAUGAAGAAUCUUGUACAAGCCAGUGGAAUUCUUCAUUUCCUACCUCAGAAUGUAUAUUAGCUUUUUGUGUCUUUUGUGUGCAUGUACAGUAGGCAGCAACUAAGCGAAGGACUAAUGUAAAUACUGCUUUGUGGUUUUAUCUUGCAGUGAGACAAAACUUGUUUUUGGCAAGGCUCUUUUUCUUUUUUUCUCUCCUUCUCCCACCCCUUAUGGGUAACAUAGCAUUAAUAAAUAUAUUAAGACUAUUAAGCCACUUAUUUAAAACAAAAAUUAAAAAUUUGACAGAUUUCAACAUUACUUCUCAUAACCAGCACGUAAUACAAGUGACUACACUACCUCACCUAUGGGAUUGAAAGUUGAUUUAAAUCUCUAGUGAUAUCCUUGGAUUUUCAUCAUAUAUCAUUACUUUUUUUUAAGGGGAAAAUUUGUGUUAAUGGAGCAUAGCUUGUAUAAAUCACAGUGCUUGCAGUAACUGAAAUUCAGAAAUAAAUACUAUAUGGCAGACAUGAGAGUUCUACUGCUUUGGAUAUAUCUUCAGAUAAUUGAAUUGAAAUUCUUUUAAAUGGCUGUCAUUUAUAUAUGUUGAUCCUGUAUAUGUAUUACUCAUGAAGCUCUCUGGGUUUUUUUCUCCAACGUCUGUAUAUGCCUGGUUAAUUUAAUCCUUCUUCCCUCCCAUGCUGCCACCCUGGGCAGUGUUUUGCUCCAAAGUCUCCAUUUUAUUUAAAAAGCAAACCAACAAGAAACAAUUAAAAAAAAAAAAAAAAAGACAGAAGGCCCCAAACCCUUCUACUG